AUCAGACCUCAGCACCCGAACUCUUGUGCGAUCCACGCCUCCGACUCGACGUCACCUGUGCAUAUAACAACUAGCAAGCAUGGCGGAGGCGCCAAUUGUGCUCGAUGGCGGUACCGGCUUUCUCAAGGCUGGCUAUGCUGGCCAGAACUUUCCCGACCACCAAUACCCUUCCAUCGUCGGGCGACCUAUAUUGCGGACGGAAGAGCAAGCGGCCGGGGAUGUCCAGCUCAAAGACAUUAUGUGCGGAGACGAGGCGGCAGCAGCGAGGUCGAUGCUGCAGAUCACAUACCCGAUGGAGAACGGAAUUGUAAAGCGAUGGGAAGACAUGCAACAUCUCUGGGAUUACACGUUCUUCGAGAAGAUGCAGAUUGAUCCGACUGGACGCAAGAUCUUACUGACGGAGCCUCCCAUGAAUCCGCUCAAGAACCGAGAGCAAAUGUGCGAAGUCAUGUUCGAGCGGUAUAACUUUGGAGGAGUCUACGUCGCCAUACAGGCAGUGCUUGCACUCUAUGCUCAAGGUUUAUCGUCUGGAGUCGUGGUUGAUUCUGGUGACGGUGUUACCCAUAUUGUGCCUGUGUACGAGAGCACAGUUCUGAACCAUCUUACACGGAGACUGGACGUUGCAGGCCGAGAUGUUACACGCAACCUGAUCUCGCUGCUCACGCGGCGUGGAUAUGCGCUCAACCGCACGGCGGAUUUCGAAACGGUUCGUGCGAUCAAAGAGAAGUUGUGCUAUGUCUCCUACGAUCUGGCUUUGGAUCAGCGACUGAGCGAGGACACAACGGUACUGGUGGAGUCAUAUACAUUGCCAGACGGACGCGUCAUUCGCGUUGGCAGCGAACGCUUCGAGGCCCCGGAAUGCCUGUUUCAGCCGCAUCUAGUCGAUGUCGAGCAGCCUGGUAUUGCGGAGUUCUUGUUCAAUACCAUCCAAUCCGCAGAUGUGGAUAUCCGAUCUUCUCUAUACAAAGCCAUUGUUUUAUCUGGGGGGAGCAGUAUGUACCCCGGUCUACCCUCGAGAAUGGAGAAGGAGAUCAAGCAGCUGUGGCUCACGAAGGUACUUGGUGGCAACCCGGAACGACUCAGCAAGUUCAAGGUGCGGAUAGAGGAUCCUCCUCGAAGACGACAUAUGGUGUUCCUUGGUGGUGCUGUUCUGGCAAACAUCAUGGCGGAUAAAGACAACAUGUGGGUCUCCAAGCAAGAAUGGGAAGAACAGGGCUCCGCUGCACUCAAAAAACUCGGCGAGAGAUGAUGAUCAGGAUGAGUGAGCAUCGUGCCGUGAAUAUAUAUGCCCACAUCGGGAGCCGCUGCGGACAAGUUGUGCCGCUCUUUUCUGCUCCAAAGACAACGUUGUGCCCCAAGUCAAGUAGCAUCAACGAAGAAAUUUGAACAGUACAGUGGUGAGAGCAGAGCCAUUGACUGGGCUCGCUUGCAGCAUAAGGUAGUUCCAUGCUUGUUCAUACACUGCUAUGACUCGUCUGCGUGGUGAAGCAUAUAUACAAAGCCAUCCGUAACCGCUGUUCUCGGCACACUGAGUGAGCCAAAUGGAUUCAUGAUGUCCACAAUCAGCUUCACUCCCGACUCCUCACUUGUGCACGUACUGCUCGCGCGUCAAUCUCUUUCUUGCCAGACUGUUUGCUCACGGUCUGAGCACACGAAGGCCAUCACGAGACGGCGCGGUCGCGCGCUUAAAGCUGCUAUCGCAUUCUUCCCAUGCUCGUCCGGCUCCAAAUCCUAGGCCUGCCCAUACCGGCCAUGCUCGACGCUUGAAGAGGAGGACUGAGAAGAUCACGCCAAACGAUGCGCCCAAGCCGGAGCGAAUGAGGAGGGUGCUGAGGCAGUGGUCCCACUUUUCGUUCAGUAGCGCUUCGCUCAUGGGUCGGUUGGAACGCGUUGGUGGUGGGAUCACGGCGCUGCUGGGGUUGUUUGAGUCGGCCAUGAUAUAUGUAGAUGCGGUCGAUCGAGAGGUGAAGAGCGCGUUGGAUUUCGUGUUCGAAGGAGUCUGUGGUCG